AUGAAGACUGCACGCGCGGUGCGAGUUGGCACCACUGGUGCCAACACUCGCUUCGUCAGCGGUACUAGCAACACCAGAUCCUCCGUCGCUGCUAGCAACAUCCUGCAACAAUUCACCCAGUCCCCACCCCCACCACGCAAGUCGCUGGCAGCUCCCCUCGCCAAGCUCCCCUUCUCCUCGGUCUUGCGCUCUUUGCUAGUCCUUUCCGUCUCCUCUUCUCCUAUCCUUUUGAGGCCUUGCAUCUAUACACUUUCUCACCUGGCACACCCUCGCUCUGCUUUCUGGGAUGUCUCCAAGAACCCACUGUUGAACUUCCUUGUCAAGCACACUAUCUACAAGCAGUUCAACGCUGGUGAGAACAAGGUCGAGGUCCAGGAAUCUAUCCGAAACAUCAAGAAUUUGGGAUGCCGCGGUGUCCUGCUCGGCUAUGCUCGCGAGGUUCUGGUCGGAGAAAACCAGGAUGCUGCUCGUGAUGAGAAGGCCGCUCUGGCUGAGAUCCAGAUGUGGUUUGAUGGUACUAUGCGAACUGUCGAUAUGGCUCAGCAAGGCGAUUUUGUUGCCCUCAAGUUCACUGGCAUGGGCACUGACGCUCUGAGUCUCCUCCAGAAGGAAGCCGACCCUACUGAGUUUAUGGAUGCCUCCAUCCAAAAGGUCUGCGACUUGGCUAUCUCCCGCGGUGUGCGCCUUCUUGUGGACGCCGAAGAGCAGGCUGUGCAGCCCGGCAUUGAGGCUUGGAUCAUGAAGUACCAGAAGUACUGCAACUCCCAGACCCCCGGCCGCGCCAUCUUCUAUGGCACCUACCAAGGAUACCUUCGCUCGACUCCCGCUACUCUCGCUCGCCACCUUGAAACUGCUCGCCAAGAGGGAUACACCCUCGGUGUGAAGCUCGUCCGCGGUGCCUACAUGAAGACCGAACCCCGCCACCUGAUCUGGGCUACGAAGGAGGACACUGAUCGUUGCUACGAUGAGGUUGUCGAGGCUCUUCUUACCCGCAAGUACAACUCCAUGCUCCAGGCUCCCACCAAGGACACUCCCACCGAGCUCCCUUCCCUGGAUGUGAUUAUCGCCACCCACAACCGUGACUCUGUUCGCAAGGCCCACGCUAUCCGCAUGGAGCAGGCUGUUCGUGGUGAAAACUAUGAUGUUGAUCUUAGCUACGCCCAACUCCAAGGAAUGGCCGACGAGGUCAGCUGUGAGCUGCUCGAGGGUUUCGAAAACGCCGAAAACAGUGUCGGUGCCUCGCCUGUCGCUGCCCCCAACGUCUUCAAGCUUUUGACCUGGGGCUCUGUCCAGGAGUGCAUGGGCUUCCUGCAGCGCCGUGCUAUUGAGAACACUGAGGCUGUUGGCCGCACCAAGGAUUCCCAGGUGGCCAUGUUCGCCGAGCUGAAGCGUCGCUGCCGCAACGCUUUCGCCCGUAGCAACUGA